CUCGGAACCGUUUAGCCCAACAUCUGUGUGACAAGUCGGUCCGAAACGGUUGGUCAUAAUGUUCUCAUAGCGCUUCUCCAUUUUGCCUUGACCAGGCAGCCGUCUAAGAAUCUGCUGUACGGCCGGAAGCUAAUGUUGCUGCUCGCUGGCUUGGAUCUGUAAAGGCUCACGGUUCCGUAACCUUUCAACAUGAACAUUUCCAUGACUGUAUGGCAAGUUCCGAUCCGCUACACAUCUCCUACGUGGAGUGAACAAUUGCAGUAGUUGCCCCAGAAAGCUCUCCAUCCGAUCCGUGUCGGCUUGACAAUUGCUAUUGCUAUGCCAAACCCUACAGAACCGCCGGCGGAGAAUGGCUCCUCGGUACCGGUCGCCAACCGCCAGCUUCCUACGAGGGUUUCCAAUGCAUGUCGCAGAUGCCGUCGGAACAAAAGCAGAUGUGAUUCUUUCCGGCCUUGCUCCCUUUGCGUAAGGGCCAAUGUAGAAUGCGAGCCAGCGCCGUUGGAUGAAGCAUGCAAGGGCAGAGCCAGAUCCAACAGUCACCGUCGUCGAGCGAAGGUCCGACAACGCCUUCAAUCUAGGAGCAGCAGCAAUGCCCUGCCCCCCUCAGCGCCACCCACUCAACAGCCUUCAAUUAGCCGUGAAAAUACUUCUGCUGAGAGUUUUGAGGAAGAAAAUGUUCCGGAGUCAGCAGAGCGGCCCGGCUCGCGGGUACCGCUAGAUUAUGGAGAGUCAGAAUCAGCCAUGGGCUUUGCUCGAAAAAUCUACAGACUAGGAAGCCAGACCAUCGACGAACACCAAUGCUCCGCUAUUCCAGACGGGGCAUGUGGUGCCAGGACUCCUCUGAUGAGGUCCAGCGAACAACGUUUACCGAUAUCCACCAUUUUGGGUGGCCGGUUUCCCAAACAGAAUGAGAUUGAUUCACUACUAGAAGAUUAUUUCGAAUCUGUCCACUGGUUCUCGCUGGUAAUCUACGAACCAAGAUUUCGCAAACGCCUAGAGUCUAUCAAAGAUAGUUACGCGUAUCCCGCAGAGGCGCCAUUCUUGACAUUACUCUCAAUUAUUCUAUGCAUGGCAGCGUGGUAUAGGUCAAAAAAGCCCGAUCAAGAAGGGGGCGAAGAAUGGCGCCUCUGGAGCGAUGAGCUUCUCAGGAUUGUUGAGUCUCGCCUUGUUCACGUCAUGGACCAACACUCCAUUGCCGCUGUUCAGACCCUCAUCCUGCUGGGAUCACAUCAUGUCUACCAUGGUCGGCCUAACCUUUCGUUUGCCCUGUUGGGCGCAACUAUCAAGAUAUCGCACGCUAUGGGUUUGCAUCGUAAUCUAAGCCGUGGAUCCGUCGAUGAUGUCGAAGAGCGCAAAAGAGUAUGGUGGACCAUCUACACCUGGGAUAGGUUUGCUUCCAUCUCGUACGGCCGACCGUUAAGUAUUAAUGAUGAAGAUUGCAACGUGGGGAUGCCCGCUGAGUUCAUCGAGUCCCCCUUCUUUAAGGCCGAGUCCAUUGAACAAGGGUCGCUCGGUGUCCGAUAUUCACCGUACCAGACCCAAUUGACCACGCUAUACCUCCUGGCUUCCCCUGCCUUGAAGACAAUAUUCGGCUCUCUGUCAGCACAGUCAGCCGGUCAGCAUUUCGACGCCGAGUAUCGGUCGCUAGUUAAUGAUGUGACGCAAAAGCUGUUGGCUUGGCGACGCGAUUUGCCAUCAUUCCUGUCUUUGGACCUGAAUCGAGACUAUCACCCAAGCACUACCGAAUGGGACAUUCGGGCUCAUCAGUUACAGUCUCUCUCGCUACAGUUGACAUUUGACAACGUAAUGAUUGUGCUACAUCGGCCAUUUCUGGCUCGUCAAAUUGAGAACCUGUCUACUCAGACUCCUGGCAGCGUCACUGAUGUUGGCUCCCCCUUGGCUCAGACAAGGGCGCAGCAUUUACCUCCACACAGCAGCAACUCCCCAUCCCAGAGCGGCCAGUCGCCCAGGUUUGAAGCAAAUGCAAGCUCUGAGUAUUGGUGGAGCGCAGCAGUUCGGACUGCGCGAAUUACCGAACUGCCAUACCUCGCCGAACUCGCCACUGACAGCCACCUUGUAGCGUUUAUGGCCAUGAACCUAUUUCACGCGGCAAUUGUGCUGACUCUGGUGGCCCUCUCUGAUCCGCUUUCAGAUCCUGCCCAAGCAGUCAAGCGGACCAUCACGCGAGUAUUUCAACUGCAGGAGCGACUGGGUCAGCGGUCGGCGUUGGCUAGCCAGAGCAGUGUUGUACUCAAAAAUCUCAUAUUCCUACUCCUUCGGCGAGAGGGAGAAGCCAUGCUCGGUCCGGCGCCAUCCAAGUCAGGGGCCAUGAACAGCCACAUGGAUCAUCCACUUCGAGAUCACACGAAUCAUAGCCCCAUACCGAUGGAGCACACUCUUCGCCUUCCCUUGAAAGCGGCGCUGAAUACGGAUCAACGGACCGAUAAAUCAGCCGGAUCAAAUCUGAGCAUUGUGCAGCGAUUGAACGAGAGUUUGGCGUCGGUGCAACAGAUUGUUCCAGUUAUUCCACCAUUCUAUGACGAUUCUAUUCAACCCAUUUUCAUGUCGGUUCCAAGAAAUGAAGCUUCGCAGCAAGGACCGGUACCGCAGCCCCAGCAGGAGAUAUGGUUCCCGCCUGGCGGCUUUCAAGAACCUACAGAGUCACUGGAACAUCAUGGAAAUGGAGUAGACUAUGGAGCGAAUGGAUUAUUCUGGCUUUGGGACUCUACAUGGACGGGUUGAAUGUAUGAAGAAAACAAUAUAUAAUAAAUGAAUAACAUGACAAACG